CCCGCCCGUUGCGGAGCGCCCGCUGAGGUGAGCCCGCCCCGCGCCCGCGGGGGACGGCGCCGCUCCCUCCCGGCAGCCCGCGGCCGGCUGGGGGGGGAGCGGAGCAGAGCUGAACCGAGCCGCAGCCAGCCGAGCCGCGCCAAGCCGUACCGAGGGGAGCCGAGCCGAGCCGAGCCGCCGGCGCAGCCCUGGCAGGUGGCGGCCCCGCUCGCACCGCCGCCGCUCGCUGCCGUUGCCGGCUGCGGAUAGCCGGCCAUGGAGCGCCGAGCAGCUCGCUGAGCCCCGCGGCGGAGCUGCGGAGACGGCGCGGGGUAACGGCGGAGGUUGCUCGUCUGAAGAAGUUGGAUUGAGCAGCAAGUCCUUACGGUGGGGAGCACUUUAAUCUCAAUAAUGAAGAAAAGCCGAAGUGUCAUGGCAGUAACUGCAGAUGAGAAUGCUCUGGAUUACCUGGAGUGUGGGCUGAGCAAGUCCUACAGUACUUCCAGCCAUGCUCUGGGCAUAGACCUCUGGAGAGGAAGAAGGUGCUGUUCUGGCAAUCUGCAGUUACCACCGCUGUCCCAGAGACAAACAGAAAAAGCGAGGACACCUGACAGAGACAUCGUCUGCAGACCAACAACUCUGCCUUUGUUGGCACCUCCAAGUAUUGCAAUCACCACUUACCAAGACUGCUUCGAUGUGGAAAAUGGCCCGUCCCCAGGCCGCAGCCCGCUGGACCCGCAGGCCAGCUCCUCCUCAGGGCUGGUGCUGCACACCACCUUCCCGGGGCACAGCCAGCGCCGAGAGUCCUUCCUCUACCGCUCAGACAGCGACUACGACUUGUCUCCAAAGACCAUGUCCAGGAACUCCUCUCUCCCAAGCGAACAGCACGGAGAUGACCUGAUCGUCACGCCUUUCGCACAGGUGCUGGCCAGCUUGCGGAGCGUGAGGAACAACUUCACGCUGCUCACCAAUUUGCACGGGACGGCCAACAAGAGAUCUCCUGCAACAAGUCAGCCACCUGUCUCCAGAAUGAACGUGCAAGAGCUGCUUGUGGAUGAAGAGAAAUCCAGACACGAGUUUUCCAGCCCCACCGGCACAGUUCCUGUUAUGGCAGUGAUACUUUAUGGGCCAUGGUCCGCAUCCAGAUCCUACUCCAGCACACAUGUUGGGCCUUCACCUUUGUUCGAGUUCUUUGGGCAGGGUAUUUCCCGAAAUUCCUGUUGCGAGAAUGCCACGAGCUGUUAGCAGCUUCCUGGGUUUCAGCUGUACUGCGUGAAGCUCUGAAGUAUUUCCAUCUAUGUGCAGUGGGAACGUCCUACCCAGGUACGAGCCAAAAAUCUGUUAAUCACACUUUAUGGAUGAGGAACCAGAAGAGACGAAGUCGGGAAGCGAUGGUCCUCGCACCGCAUUUUUCAGCAGCGGCCGCUCGUUGUGAGCCUGCCUUUGUCACACAUCCAAAUGUGGUCAAUUCAGUGUGCCUUUAGAAUGCCUUUUAUUGCAAAUUGCCUUAAAUGGGAGGCCCCGGGCAGCUGAAAAUCAGAUGUUUCGCAGAAAUUGUGUGAAUUUCGCUGAGCUUAUUCGACAGAAUUAAUUACUUCAGAGAAGCGGUGCUAGUUGGAGCGCUGAGACUUUGGCCAGGGCGAACAUGAAGUGCCCCUCUUGUGCAGGAGGUCCUGAAAGGUGCCAUGGGGCGUGAGACUUAAAGAGGAACCGCUGCAGUAAUUUGCAGUAGGACAACCUGUAUUUGACCUUCAGUGGGGAACAUUUUCACCUCCAUUUAAUCUGAUAUUUUAACCAAGGUUGUUAACAAGCGCGCCUUGCGUCUAGCUGACAUUUUGAUUUCCCUGAAUCGGGGUCGAGGUGCUGAAAUAAGUAUAUUUCACAGGCCUUAAGUAAAUAUAUUUUGAAGGUCUUAAAUUAUACGUCGUGAUGGAGGAGGGCUGCUGCUGCUGCCCGCAGUGACUGUAGUGACGUGAGCUGCGCUCCCAGCCUGCUGGGGCUCACCCUCCACCUGCCCCUGGGGCAGCGUUUUAUGGCUGAGCUCUGGCACUGGAGCCUGGUCCAGACCUCACAACACCACUCUCCGAGUAAAGGAUUUCUCCCUGACAUCUGACCUAAAUGUCCCCGUCUUUAUAAGAGCUGGUGGCCAGGGCGUGAUGGCCCCGGUUUGGAGGUGACACAGAGGCACGGUAGAGCUCGGCACGUGAAGCCGUUAAUACGGAAUAUUAAAAGCUGUCAAAACAAAUGAUGCUGGUUCGUAGGAUACCGGCAUCUCCCUCUUCCUCCCCACCCUUUUACCCGUGGGACUUCAUCUGUGAUUUUAAAGAGAUUAUUUUAAAAGGCUGUACGUGCGGUUUGGUAAACACGCAGCGCACUGAGUCACGGCCCCGAGCAGCUGCAGCCACUGAUUGGGGUAGCUCAGUGCGGACAGUUGGUGCCACGAAGGGCCAAGCUCUGCCUUCAGCAUCUGAGGGUCUGAAGACUUUGGUCCUGUGACGUGGGGCAUUUGCAGAGUUAAUGUCUGGAUGUGUUCGCUGUGAAUCCGUCGGUUCCACCGCGGAGCCGCUGGAGCGGCGGUGAGCCCAGCGGUGAGAUAUCCUCAUUUUCAGAAGCUGGAGGAUCGCGGAUUAAGUAACAUCUUCUUAAAUUGCGUGUGCUUCCAGAUCGUUCAAGCAAUUUCUGCAGGUUCUGCUCUGUGACCAGCCCACGGUCUGCACUGAGCAAUCCCCGGUGCCGCUGAGUACAGUCGCAGAUGGGCUGAUAGGGCUUACUCAGAGUAUCACUUCAGCACCAAAUAUGUCAAAACAGGUCAUUUUUUGCAACGCGCUGCACGCCCGAGUGGUUCUGCUCGGCACAGAGUAGCCACAUCUGUGUCUUUCAGUAAGGAGACAGCCCCAUCCCUUGGUUUGGAGAGGCUAAAGAAGGGCCAGAAGUUCAAAUAAGGUAAAUCGGUGAGGCAGACUUUAUUGCCCUUUGAGUACGUGACAUAUUUAUUGUAGGAAAACAGAUUAAAGUUCCAAAAUAAACCAUUUUUUUUAAGCUUCCGUCAUGAAAGAUAAGUCACGAGAAAUCUAUUUAAUUGUAUUUUAUAAUUAAUAUGACCUGAAGGUCUGGCAUGGCGGCUGCACCCAUAAGGGGUGACCGCAUGGCCAAUCUCUGCAAGGCUGAGAGCGGGCUGCGUGGGCACGAAGGUUCAUGUGUGUCCUGAAGAGUUCCUACCAGUUGUGUCUGGGCGCUCUCAGGAGACACAUUCUUGGCUUUCUGUUGAAGACCGUGAAGAAACCAAGCUGAGACACAAGGGAGGACACCUUGAUGUGAAACUGUGGCCUUUUCAAGGCCAAGAGAUCUGAUUUAAGCAGGUCCAGCAAUUUACCGGCGGCACGUUCUGCAUCGCUGUGGUGACUUCGGUGGCCUUAUUCUGACCCUCCUUUAAAAAAUUCUGAACAAUUUUCCUCAUGCAGAGCUAAGGUUUACUUAUUAAUUUUGUCUCUAUCUGAUGCCGGUGGCCAAGAGGAGCUUUUUGGGUGGAUGAGGCGCAGCACUUCCAGGCGUCGUUCCUGAGGUUCCUCUUCCAUUUCCUACCCAGCGUUUGUUUCACCGGGAUCACGGGGCUUUCACACAAUAUGCAGUACAUUGGGUUUAUUACCUCUGGGUUAACCUGGUUCCAAACCCGUUUUCAUGGCUACGGAUGGGCAUGUGGAUGGAAACAACAUCUUUCGUGGCCUUCUUUCCUCCUUUUGUUGAACUAAAAUUAUUGCGGUGCUCUUCUGCCUGGAUAGUCCCUUCCUUGUCAGGCCCGUUGUGAAACUCCGCUCAUGGUUUCCCAAGGAGUGUCAGAGCAUCAGCGGGGCUGCAGGCACUCGGUUUGCACAGGCAGCACCCAGGGGGCUGGGAGACCCCCCCCUCCACCUGCUUUCUGCUGGGGGCACAGCCAGGAGCCCUGCUUGGUGCAUGUCAUCAGCACACGGCACGUGGCACCACGGCACAGCAGCGCCGGGCUCGCCGCUGGGAGCCAGCUCCCUCACCGGAAGCUGUCUAGCCACAACAGCACAGGAUGGUGCCCCACCUAAUUAAGCCUGUUGAAAGGCAGGGCUAAUUAGUUGAGGUGGAGCGCCUUGUUAGCGAUGUUGCUUCCAGGAUCCAAGUUGGUUUCCCUGCACGUGUGAGCGUAGCAGCCCUCUCUGCGCCAGCCCACAUGCACCCAAUAAGAUAAUGUGUCGCGCGGUGCUGCUAAGUCCUAAGUGGGCAGCUGGGUAAUUUCAUAAUUGCAUCCUUGAUUUUCAGUGUCUUUCUCACACUUGUGCACUCACGUGCACACCAUGUGCUCAGGAAGAACACACUUGUAGUCACACCUUCGAGUGUUCAUCUCACUGUGGUCCAGCCUUCCCUUGUUUAGCCAGAGCGACAGCAACACAAGCUGGGCUCCCCGUUGUGCACAGGAAGCUGGAAUUGGGGUUUAAAUCCUCUUCCUCAGUUCUAGGUCUGGGUUGGAUGCUUCUUUCUGCAGCCCAUCAAUAACAACAGCCAUCUGCAGCUCCUGGGGCCAUAACACUGAUAGAGGCUGGCUUUCAGAUGGCACCGUGGCCCCUGAAGGACCAUGGCACGUAGAGGAGGGAUGGGGGUUCACGUUUGUCAUGGCCUUUGUAUCCGUGAUCUAUCUUCAGAAACUCAUUCGAGGUAUGUAUUUAUUUCCUUGCAAAGUGUCAUCAGAAAACCCAUUUUCAGCAUUCCUCCUGGGGCUCUCUGCUGUAUGUGUCUCAGCAGUCUUUUGCACUUGCUUUGUUACUCUAUGGAGGGGAGGUACCCUCUGAUGUCUUAUUUUUGUGGUUAAGGCGGGUCAACAAGGAAUUGAGCCCGGUCAGUAAAAUGACAAAAUGCCAAAGCGUGUGUUUGCUCCCCGAGGUAAGGUUUGGAGCUGAGCAAUCUCUCCUGUUCAUUUAAGAGGCCAAGAUUAGAUCCUGCCCCUCUUGCCGUUUCUGCUUCCCCCCGUCCCUGGACUGUGGAAUUCCUGCUAUGCAGGCAAAUCCCAUUCCCAAAUUCCCCCGUGAUAUCACUGCUAAGUGACAUCUGACGGAAUGCUUCCUGCAUUUUGUUACUUCCAUGUGGCACCAUAAAAGCACUGUCACUUACCCCGCUGAUUUGUGGCAGCCACGAUGCAUUGUUCCCGGUGGGAGGGGGAAAGGAUGCUGCAGAAACCGCCUUGAGCAGAAACAGAUCGUAAUCCUUCCUCAGAUCUUCAGGUUUCCUCAUUCGUUAGCAUUUCAGAUUAAAUGUUUAGGCUUAUCUUCAAAUCAGAAAUGGGCUUCUUGUAGACUUCCAUUCAUCCUCCUUAGGGUUUUCCUAGUGUUCACACCUCAUUUUUACUCCUCAUUGUCAUGCAAAGGGUGCAGUGUUGCCUUUCCUCUGGGAAUCUUGAUCUUCCAUCUUUAUACUGUAGCAUAUUUAAAGCUGAGGUGUAGGCAGCUGUUCUAGAGUUUUCUGUAUCCGGUGCUUGUUAACUCACAAAGUGAGAGCACGUCCUGAGUUUAACUCUGGACCGUGGCUUUCUGUUGGCUAGUCUGUUCCAAGUAGUUUCCGAUGUUCUGUUUCAGCUGGAGAGAUGUUGACAUUGCUUUUCUACAGGAAUGAAGCUUCAUGACAAAACACAUUCUACUCUCAGUAGCAAUGGCCAGUGAAGCUUUGAUCCUUCUUGCUGAGCUACAUUUGGUGAAUCCACAUCGUUGCAAGGCAGUGCUUCGAGACCAGUGCUCCUGGUGCUCGGCCUGGCAUGGAACUGCUGGGAUUGUCCCAGAUGGGUGCCUUGGUUGCCCCUUCCAUGCCUUUGUGCUGGGAUUAUCCCAGAUGGGUGCCUUGGUUGCCUCUUCCAAGAAGUAGAAGUGCUCUUGGGACUUGUGGUACCCUGCUGCCCAAGCCAUCAGAUUGUGGACAGUGACACUUGAGUGACUGCUCCAGUUCCCAAAGUAAUAAACAGCGAUCGCCCUGCUCUAGGUUAAUUAAUAAGCAACUGCCUGGUUCCUGUUCAUUGUCAAUGGUCUGCUCAGUGAGCUGCUGCUCUGUAUGGGUCCUGGUGACCCAGUUCUCACGCCUGGCUGGUAACCCACCCAGUGCUGGUGGGUACAAUAAGGGCGCUGCAGGUCCAUCCAGUUCUGGCCUAACUGGCUGCAUGGGCACUCAGCUCUUGCUCCAGGCUGGCCUCAUGCUGGGAUUUCCAUUGAAGUGUUUCAUUUCUGCCUCGUGGCAGGGCCUGGGGUGGGCAGGAAUCACAGUUCAAUCAGGGCCCGGAGUGGAUGCACUGCCCAGCACCAGGGCUUGUCAGCCUGCCCUGGCAAGCAAAACACGUUUGUUUGCUGCUGAGGGCUUCCAGUUACUGCUUGGUCUCAAGAUGCUGUCAUUCCCAUGAGAUUAAUUUAGCCUAACUUCAGCCAGCUAAAAAUGACAGACUCAUUUUGAAGACAACGUAUUACGAGCUCAGGAGCGAGCCGUCCUGUUGUGCAGGAAGAUCGGGAAACGCAACAGAAGCCGACGUGGUGAGGCAAGGAGCUUGCUAGUGGACCAAAGUGCGAAAAGAGAGAGGAGCAAAAGGAAGGACGUGGUGACAAUGGGAGAAAGGCCCAUUCCUGAGGAACACAACAGGAAUCUGGGGAGCCAUGAAGCAGUCAGACUUUGCUUGGUCACUGAGGGUGUCUGCUGAUAUCCAUUUACAAGUGUGUAAGGACAAGUGAAUAACGAACAGUAGGCACAGAUUUGUAGGGGCAAAUUGGUUUUGAAAGCCACAACCUCAGGUUGGAUAUUAGGAGAGAUUUCUUUCCUCAAAGAACAGUCAGCACCAGCACAGGCUGCCCAGGGGUGGGGGAUCACCGUCCCUGGGGCUGUUC